UAUGUACGUGUGUGUUCUCGCGAGCAGAUCAAUUACCCGAUCACGGAUCUAUCAGGAUGUCCUUCCAGAACAAGAAGAGCAGCGCCAGAUCCGCGGGUGACCGUCUGAUCAUCAAAGGAGGAAAGAUCGUCAAUGACGACCAGUCAUUCUACGCUGAUGUCUAUGUUGAGGAUGGGAUCAUCAAACAGAUCGGUGAGAACCUGAUUGUCCCAUCCAGUGUAAGGACAGUGGAUGCGUACGGUCAACUGGUGAUCCCUGGAGGUAUCGACGCUAACACCAACCUGCACACUCCGCAGAAAGGCCUGAACCCGGCCGACGACCUCUACCAGGGAACCAGAGCUGCCCUGUCUGGAGGAACCACCACAAUCAUGGACCAUGUGCUGGUGGAGCCAGGGACUAGUUUACUUUCAGCAUUUGAUCAGUGGAGGGAGACAGCAGAGCUGAGGGCAUGCUGUGACUUCUCUCUUCACCUCGAUGUCACACGCUGGCAUGAAGGACUAUACGAAGAGCUGGAGACGCUCGUCAAAGAUAAAGGUGUGAACUCCUUCCUCUUCUUCAUGGCCUACAAAGAUAAAUAUCAGAGCUCCGACUCUCAGCUCUAUGAGGCGUUUGGUGUCCUCCGGGAUCUUGGAGCAAUCGCCCAGGUUCACGCUGAAAACGGUGACAUCAUCGAUGAGGAGCAGAAAAAGCUUCUCUCUCUUGGCAUCACCGGACCUGAAGGACACAUUUUAUCUCACCCUGAGGAGGUGGAGACGGAGGCGGUGUAUCGGGCCAUCACCAUCGCCAAACAGGCCAACUGUCCGCUGUACGUUACCAAGGUGAUGAGCAAAUCUGCUGCUGAUGUCAUUGCAAAAUCCAGGAAGAAAGGUAUGGUGGUUUAUGGGGAACCAAUCACAGCCAGCCUGGCCACUGACGGCUCUCACUAUUGGUCCAAAGACUGGGCCACAGCUGCUGCCUUUGUCAUGAGCCCGCCCCUCAACCCUGACCCUUCAACUCCACAGUACCUGACCUCUCUGUUAGCAUGUGGAGACCUCCAGGUGACAUCCAGUGCUCAUGCCAGCUUCUCCACAGCUCAGAAAGCCAUCGGUAAAGACGACUUCACUUUGAUCCCAGAGGGAACCAAUGGAAUUGAGGAGAGGAUGUCGGUGGUCUGGGACAGAGCUGUGUCUACAGGGAAGAUGGAUGAGAAUGAGUUUGUCGCAGUAACAAGCACCAACGCUGCUAAACUCUUCAACAUUUACCCACGAAAAGGACGCAUCGCUGUAGGAUCUGAUGCUGAUAUCGUCGUCUGGAACCCAAAAGAGACAAGAGCUGUUUCUGCAAAGACUCACAACCUGAUGGUGGAGGUGAACAUCCUGGAGGGUUUGGAGUUUCGAGGUGUGGCUUCAGUGGUGAUCAGUGGAGGUCGAGUCGUUCUGGAGGAUGGAAAACUCAAUAUGACUGAAGGUUCAGGACGCUUCGUCCCCAGGAAAGCUUUCCCCGAUGCUGUCUACAAGAGGAUCAGAGCCCGCAGCAAGAUGGCAGAGGCUCGCGGUGUGCCCCGUGGAAACUAUGAUGGUCCGGUCCAUGAUGUCGUCAGUAUGACUACAUCGGUCCCGCCCACUCCAACCAGCAGAGGGCCCACCUGUCCGAAAACCCAGACCGGCUCCCGAAACCUUCAUCAGUCAGGAUUCACCCUGGCAGGAGCUCAGAUUGAUGACCACAUACCUCGUCGCUCUGCUCAGAGGAUAGUGGCACCCCCUGGUGGACGAUCCAACAUCACAUCUUUAUCUUAAAACGGGAAGAAUCUCACUUUUACAAACCCAGAUGUGUUCACGUCACUUCAUCAUCUGAAAAGAAGAAGAACAGAAGUGUUUCACAUUGUGGAUUUAAAAGUACUACCAUUACACUUCUCAAACUGGGAAACUAGGUUUACUAUGUUUUCUUUGUUUGAGCUUCAACCCGCUGUGGUUGGUUCUUCCCAGAUGUUUCCAGAUGUUUGUUUUUUUGAAUAGACAGCAGACCUCAUCAAAAUAAUACUAUUUCUUCCAUUCUUUCCAUAAAGUUAUUCUGCUCAUUGUACAUUAAAUACAUAUUGUCCUGAAUCCACUGUAGUCAUUACUCUAAGGUCAUUAAUAGCAGGUCUGUAAUGUUUUAUGUCUGUAUCUUAUUUAAGAUCUUUUUAAAGUAGAAUAAUCCUAGGUCUAUGUCAGUCUUAUGUCUGUUAGUGUUAAUCUGAACCACUUUCAGUCUAACUGUUUCACUAUGAGACCAUUACAAUAAUCUGUUUGCUAUUCAUCAGUCUGUAGUGGUAAUGUGUUCAGUCCUGUGAGUGUUUCCAUUGGUCGGAUUUAUUCUGGACUGACUAAACUGUACAGUAUAUUUUUCUUUUUGAUGUACCGAUCCAGUCAGUUUUAAUUAUAUAUAAAUUGUCAACUUUAGCCUUACAAUCAGAAAUAAACUCUCAGACUUACUGUCAACUUCAAAACAUCAUCUGACUAUAAAUGGUGCUAAUAAAUCCAGCCUGCGAGUAGGGAUCCCUCCAGAUCACGCCCCUUACAGGAUGUAAGAGAACUGACUCUGCCCCCAGGAAGAUCUAAAACAAACAGAUGUCUUCAUCAAACUGAUGUCCCACAGAUUCUCAUAUUUCAAACUGGCCUUUUAGUUUUAAGCAAAGUGACUCAGCCCACCAACAAUCCCCGUGAUGUUUAAUAUGCCCUCCCAAACCUCUGAAAGGACUUUUAAGUGUGUUUGAUUUGUUAAAACACUUAAGUUGAUACCAUGAUCAUUUUGUAUUUAUUGUUUUUUGGGUUUUUUUUUUACAGUUUUUGUAUCCUGCAGUGUUAGCAUCAGUGAUUGUGGUACUCACACAGUUCUGACACUGUAAAGCCCAUGGCUGCCAUGUUGUUGCCAAGUUGUUGCUAUGUUAACAUGUACUUAUGACCAGGUAAAAAAAAAAAAAAAAAAAA